AUGACUUACCACGACAUUGAUAUCCCUCUACCAGCCUUCAUCGCCAUCGAUUGGAUCUGCAUGACCCUUGCCCUCAUCCCCAUCCUCCUUCGUUUCCACCUCCGCCGACACCAAAUACAACCUCAACCCUUCACCCGCAACCUCUCCGACGCCCUCAUCGUCCUUGCCUGGCUCUCCGGCAUCGUCCUCAUCAGCAUUAACACGUGGAAAAACAGCCUGCGCCAACGCUUCAUCCACACGCCGCCCUCGGACCUCUACUACGGCGUCCCGCGCCACCUGGCCGCCAACCUGCUCUACGUCUCGUGGAUCUCGCUCUUCUUCAUCUACAUCUCCCUCUGGUCGGCCAAGUUCGCGCUGCUCGCCUUCUACGCCAGCCUGCUGCGGCUGCAGGGCCGGUGGGCGCGCGUCACGCUCAUCUGCGCCGCCGUCUUCACGGCCGCCACUUUUGCGCUGCACGUCGCGCUGCUGACGCGCUGGUGCACGCCGACGUCGAGCAACUGGAACAUCGACGGCGAGCUGUGCAGCGCCGUCCACGACAUCAAGAGCGUCACCGUCUCGACGGCCGCCAACGUCGCCACCGACCUCGCCAUCCUAUGCAUCCCGCUCUUCGCGCUGGCGUCGCUGCGACGCGACACCAACGGCUACCGCAAGGGCGCGUUGGUUUCACCCUCGUCGUCGACGUCGACAUCGUCGUCUUUCUUGUCGUUGGGUGCUGGCUCUGGCACGACUUGGGGAAAGGCAGAGCUCAGCGGGCUGGCGGUCGUGCUGAUCAUGGCGGCGUUGAGCAUCACGUCGGCGUUGGCGAGGUUCAUCACGCUCGAGCUGGUGCAGAACGUGCCGAAGGCGAACAUCACGCACACGAUUGACGUGUGGGCGCUCGUCGAGAUUGUGGCGAGCUUGUUGGCUGUGUGCUUGCCGAGCUUGCGGGCAUUUGUGAGGAGGUGGAGGGAAGGCAGUAAGAGGGGUAGCAGGGAUUCGGGGGUGAGGAAGGCCUCGAUGGUGCCUACUGCGGAUGGGAGCGUGAGGAGUGACAGUAUUGGUACGAUCAUUGAGAUGGAGCUGGGGAUAGGUGGUGGGCGGUUGGGUGCGGAGAUGAGUCCGUUGAGCCCGGCUGUACUACAGCAAGAAAGGGCGGAUCCCGGGAGGAUGGAUGCAAGGAGGGUGGACUCGGGGUUUUUGAGCGUGGAGGAAAGAAUGGGGACGGCACAUACGAGUGCCGAGAGACUGUUAUGA